AGAAUGUUGAGCUACACGGCUACUGUCAUCCUUACCUGCAUCAGGUUCUUCGUCACUCUCCCGUAUCAACGCCUCUUGAUCUACAACACCGUCCAACCAGCACAAGAGAUCAAGAAGCUUGCUUCUUCUGGCUUUAAAACCGGUACGACCGAGCGGGCCAAGUUGUGGAUUGUGAUCGCAGCAUGGCGGCAACGGAAACGAGACGAGCUGCAGUUCGUGGCCGUAGCGGCCACCGUCAUGACGGCGAUCAUCACGGCCUCCUUCUCUUGGCCCAACGUUCUUAGUUCGCACUGGACCGGCCCCGCGUUCUGGUAUGCAUCGCUAUCGCUAUGCAUAUCCGCCAUCUUCCUCUCAUCGCAGCAACUGUCGCUACUUUCGCUCAUCGAGAAUAAGGAUGCUUCGGAGUCCAACGUCGAUAAACCAGAAUGCGAGAGGCCAUCCGCUACUCUCACCAUACGGCGACAUCUCCGCCAGAUACUGAUCGAAAAGAUUGAAGUGACACAGAAGAAGAACAACGAUAAGCCUGAACUGCACACGGGGGAGAAGUCGUCGAUGGUUAUGACAACCGGGAGCGUCGGAGCUGGUGGCCGUCUUGGUGCCGGCCGUUUCAAGCCCACUGACAUUGAGGCACAACACGAAGCAGGCGACGAACAGCUGACAGCUCCUAGCUCGACGCGAUGGACGUUCAGUUGGAGAGUGAUGUUCGUGUGGCAAUGUCCAAUAAUGCUUAUUGCAUAUUCGACCGUUUUCUACAUGGUUGGCUUGUUUGUCGUCGUGUGCACUCCGGUUUUGGAGGUCAGGAAGUGGGGGCUCGACUCCUAUGUGGCGGUUGUGUACAUGGCUUCUUUGGGGGUAUCGGUGUGGCUGUUUGGUUUCUGUUCAUAUGGCGCCUACGAUUACAUCCAUGAUAAUCAUGGCCCAGGGCGGCAUUUGCUGGAUGAGCUGGCGCAGCGCAUAAGCAUCCUUUCAAACGGGGUAAUUCCUAAGCAGAAGAAGACGAAUGUAUCAGCGUAGUAGCACAGCAGCUGGGAAAAACUAGACUGAGGAAACGGAUCGGAUUUUGCACAAGGGAGGGGGGUUGGCUUCGAUGUGGCACCUGAUAGCUUUCCUAAAAGAGUCAAUUGUCCAGAACCGCCGUUGAAUUUACAGACAGCUUCCAUCUGUGUUCGUAAGGGUCAAGACGGAGCCUCGUGUAUUGCUUUCGUACCCAUUGGCAGCAUCUGGGUGGGUGAUAACUGAAUAUUACAAAGCUGGGUCUCUAUGACGAGGCAGGUUCAGCGAGCUGGGGGUGGUUUCCGAUCCCGUUGGUACAGUCGAGUCCGAAUCAGGUGAAAGCAAUGUGAACAUCAAGGGUUAAGUGUUCGUUGGUGGAUGUAUGGCGACUGUUUCGAUAGUAAACCGAAGUUGAUGGGGAGAUGCCGUAAUCGUGGGCGUUUCGAGCUCCGGUUCAGGAUGAAAACAGGAGGAAG